GGGAGAGCUUUCAGAGGCGCUCUCGCUUGCUUCAAUUCAGGCUUUGCUGGGGCUUGUGAAACCUUCUGGUAGCAAAACGGGUUGGGUUAUAGUCUGGCUUUCAUUAGAGGGGUGUUUGCCACACCUGUUUGUGCUCUGCUGCGAGGAGCUGUGUGCACUUUCAUUGUGAGUAAGUGUGCUGGAUACCCCCGGGCAGAAGGCUGGGGAGCUCCCCCGGCACGCAUACACCCCCUUUGGUGUAGGUGAGGCAGGGUACGAGAACUUGUGAUUAAGGCUCAGGAAGGUAGUACCGAAACAAACUUAAUAAAGUUCUAGAUAUGUCUGUUUAAGUUAUGCUGUCAACAGGUUAGUCUGUAGCUUUGUAUCCCUUAGGACUAAGGUUGUGAAAAGUAAGGAGUUACUCUUCUAAUUUCAUAGAGAAAUUUCAUUCCCGUCAGCGCUCGUUACGUAGUGCAGCCGAGGUCACCUCGGGUUGCCUUUAUUCGUCACGAAUUGGCCAUCACGGGGCGCUCGCGUGUUUCAGCUCUCGGGCUGCAAACCGUAGCCGAGGUUUUGGCCGCUGCUGAAACAGUACUGAGGGCACCCACGCUGUGCUAUCAGUGCUGAACUGGCAAGGGCUUAACCUGGAAUAUUUUGAAAGUCAAGUUCGUUUUUCAUCCCUGUCACUUCUUACUCUGGUUUAUUUUAAACAAACCUGAGUGGAUUAAAGUAAAAAAGAAACCUUGCUGUGUACUAUCUUACUCAAAUACUUUUAUUGGAAGGGAUUGACAGUUGAUGUGAGGGUGAAAUGAGGGUGCUUUCUUAUUCUGAUAGUAGGCAAAGUAAAUGAUGUUCACGUCAUGCAAAAAAAAAAAAAAAACCACCUUGUUUUUCUAUUCAAUUAAUAACUGCUGAAAGGGACCUGCAGAACCCUUGAGUCCCCAUUCAGAGGGACCUUGACAGACUGUUGCAAGUGAGGAGAGAACCUCUAGUCAUGAUUUCCUUACCGGACAAGUUUUCAGGGGUGUGGAAACAUUGGGAAAGGAACUUUUUAUGUAUUUUGAUCAAAAAGCUUUGAGGAUUCACUUUGGUAUGAACGGUUCCAUGCGCAUUAAUCCUGAUGGAAGACAGGACAGAAGUGGAGCACUACCAGUUUUGGAGAUACAGCUUACAGAAGAUACUAUUUGUUUCUUUGAGGUGACAGCAGAGUAUAGAAAUGUAACCGAGUGUGAGCAGAAAGUGAGAAUGAUGGAAAACUUGGAUGUCUGCUCCCCGAAGUUUAGCUUCUUAAGAGCAGAAAGUGAGGUAAAGCAGCAGAAAACCCGGAUGUUAUGUGAUGUGUUACUAGAUCAAAGAGUAUUACCUGGAGUUGGAAAUAUCAUAAAAAAUGAAGCACUAUUUGACAGCGGUCUCCAUCCAGCUGCUAAAGUUUGCCAACUGACAGAUGAGCAUAUACGUCACUUGGUGAAAAUGACACGCGACUUUACCCUGCUUUUUUAUAAGUGCCGUAAAACUGGGUCUCCACUCUACAAACACUACAAAGUAUACAGGCGCCAAACCUGCAGUCAGUGCAAUGAAAAAAUCACGGUGUGUCGUUUAGGAGAGAAUAACAGGAUGACUUACUUCUGCUCUCGAUGUCAAAAGGCUGACCCCCAGCUUGUUAACGUUAGCAAACUGCCAACUAGAAAUAGCCUAAUUGGCUGGGCAUGUGGCAGGGGGUCAUGUUCUAAUGAACACAUAGCUCAGAAAUGUGAAGAAGAGUGGACGUGUAUGCGCUGUACCCUAAUAAACAAGCCUUCUGCUGAAGCUUGUGAUGCCUGUUUGACUUCAAGGCCUGAAGUGAGUUCUUCAUUGAAGACAGAGAAUGUUGAAGAUUCUGCAGACUUUAACAUAAAUCUCAUUAAAUACCCUUGUAAUGAAUUCAGAAAACCAAGCACAGAAAUAAAGAUCAACAGGAAAGCUGCAUUUGGAAAUACAACUCUUGUCCUAACAGAUCUUGGUAAUAAAGCAGUAUUGAAAGGGGAUAUCCAAGUAUCUGAUGGAUGCUCUGACUAUGUUGCUCCAAAAGGCAAUUUCAGCCAUAAUCAAAGUAAUGUCUACCACUCAGUUAUAAGCAUAGACAAGUACUGCUCAACAGAUGUAACUUCUGCAGCUUCAUCUUCUUGUCAGGAGCCUCUCUCUUUCAAGCACAUAAAGAAGAAGCAGAAAACUCAUCAUGUACCCUCUGUUCACCAAUAUAAUGUAACAAUUGGCAAACCACAAGUUAAUUUGACAGAUGAUAUUCAUACACCGAGCACAGGCCCUCCUCACUGCAGUAAACAUGGUCACCUCUGCAAACUCAGAAUUGUGAGGAAGGAUGGAGAAAACAAGGGCAGGAUGUUUUAUAGCUGUCCUCUACCCCCAGAAACUCGGUGCAACUAUUUUCAAUGGGCUGACUUGAGUUUUCCAUUUUGUCACCAUGGCAAGCGAUGUGUUAUAAAGAUGGUACUGAAGCUUGGUCCCAAUAACGGAAGGAACUUUUUUGUGUGUCCAUUACAAAAGGAAAAACAGUGUGGCUUUUUCCAAUGGGCAGAAAAUAAGCCAGUUACACCAUCUAUUCCUUGAUCUUAUAGUUAAGACAUCCUAGGAAACAGAUAAGUACAACUCUCAUUGGUCAUUUCUGUUUUGUUGUUACUUUUGUUUUUUCUGUUCACUGAUUAAUUAGUAAAAAUAGCUCCUAAAACUACAGAUUACUCUAUCCUAAUUUUUAAGAGGCCUAUAACAUUAAGCACUGCUUGUACGCUGCAUACUAACUUGCAAUAUAUUGUGACAUACUGUUAUAUUUCCAGUCUGAUAAUUGAACUGCUUUCCUUUUUUCAUGAGAAUGUCACUGCACUGGCAGCACAGCAAAUUUUCAAGCUGAUGUGACUUAUGCAAUGGAUAACUUAAUCUACCAAUUUCAAGUACAAAUUCAGACUCUUAUAAAUGUAAACAUGUAUUUAACAAAUAAAGUUUACUGUACUCUUCAAUAUAGCUCCAUGCUUUAUUUCUUCAGAGCUUGAAAAGAAACAACAGCAGACUGUACAUCUUAAAUCUGAAUGUAUGACCCUGCUAGAUUUGGAAAACAAACACACACUGCCCCAUAAUUAAUAACACGACUCUGCAGUUUUCUUAAUUAUGUUUUAAAUCUGGAUUUUAACAUUUGAUUCUGGUUGCUAUUCAGCCUUCUUCCCUAAUCCAUGUUAAAUGUGUAAUAAAACCAUUCCACUUUGGUGGUUAAAAGAAAAGGGAAAACUUGCAAAUGGUCUACCACUCAAAAUUGCUUUUCUUUAACUUCUGGGUUUUUUUGGUUGGAAGGAGUAGCAGGGAAGAUAGUACUUACUUAGAAUUAAAGAAAACUUAAUUUUCCUGAGAAAUCUGUGACACUACAGUCCAGUUUAAAGUUUCAAGGCCAUGCUGUGAGUGAAGCCAAUUAAUUUUUGUCAUUGCCAUCAACUUCAGAGACGACUUUUUUUCUUCCCCUUUUCAGUAGCCUAUGCCACAUUUCAAGACCUUUAAAUCUUUCUUUAUGUGAUGGUAAUCUUCCUUUAAAAAAAAAAUCAGAAUGUAGAAAGUAUAAUCCUUAUGUUGCUUGGUGGAUUCUUUCCAACUUAGAUAUCUAUCUUUCAUGAAACCUCUUACUUAAAGUGGGGUACUGAACCCUACCUGAGAACAAAACAAGCUACUUCACAUGGUGAAGACUUCAUAUAUAAAAGACACCAGUGAUACUUAUUGCUACGAUGGUACACUGUUCUAAGCUAAUUUGGGUUACACAUCAAAACCUUUAGAAUUGUCUGUUAUUUGCACAAUUCAUUAUUAUGAGAAAGUGAUUAUUUUUACAUGUGGUUGGGUGUCUUGCACAGGGAUAAAUCUCCAGUGGUUCAGCUGAACAUGAAAUAUACAACUAUUUUUGAUCAUUUGCCUUUAACAAAUGUAAAGCUGCCAGUGAAGCUAGAACUUGAAUGACUUUUUCAGACUUUGACACUUCAAAGAUAACAGGGUGUUAUGUCUUUUUCUUUUAGAGUCUUAGCCAUGAGACAAGAAGUAAAUUAAUAUUUGUUUACAUAUAACACAUACUAGCUUUAAAGGAUUAACUGCUUUUAUUAGCUACUGCUGUUACUUUCUUUUGUAUUUCCUUAUUUCGAGAAGAUGCUGUGUGUGAAAAUAAGUAAAUGCAUAAGUAAUAUGGAAAUUCAACCUGGACAAUGGAGCAGUAAUAUAUAAAGUGCAUUUACCAUUCCUUAAUGAAAUGAGGAGUAUGUCCUGCUUAAAUUAAACUAAGGAAAUGUAUACAAGCCAAAAUAUUUUGUCCUGAUCAGUGGUUCAUCUAUUUAAAAAGUAAUUUCUCCUGAAGUCUGAAUACUUUAAAUGCAUGAGAAGCCAUCUAGGUAUUAUUAUUAAAAUAAUGUUUUAUCUUUGAAUAAAAGCUGUAAAGGACUUUUGAAUAAAAGUCCUGAUUUUGCCUUUUGUCCUAGUAUUUUACAAAUGAGACUGUUGUGUUUUUGUUUUCAUGUUGAUUUAUCUAUUGCAGUGCAAAUGAUGAAAUAAAUACACAUACUUCAAA